AUGGCUCUGUUGGGGUUGAUCUUCAUUUUUGUGCUCCAGUUUGGGGUGGUCAACAGUCAAGAGAAGAUUUAUCGCAUCCUCCAACCUGAACAAGACGCCACCCUGCCCUGUGGCUCUCCGUCAUCCUCUGGACCUCUGCAGUGCUCUGGUAUUUCAUGGCUUUAUAACAGAGAUCCAUCAGAGACCGUUAUGGAGGCAAGCAGUGGGGAGGUGAAGCAGACGUCGUCCCGAGCCGACCGGCUGAGUUUGGACUCCAACUGUUCUUUGGUCAUGAAACGUGUCACUGCUGAGGAUGUUGGUCUCUACACGUGUCGACAGAAUUAUUCUGAUCCUUACGAUGUAAAUGUGUAUCUCAGUCUUUUUACUGUCUUUCCGACACUGACUCGCUCUGAUCCAUGGAGCCCCAUUGAAGUCAGAUUAGAGUGUUCUCUGUUGAGAUACAGAGGUUUGAGUUCCUGUCAACCAAACAGUCUCCGCUGGGUGAAUGAGACAGGAGCUGUGAUUACUGACGGUGUUACAGAGAGUUCCAGACAUGCAGACUGUUUCUCUGACCUGAAUGUGACGCAGCAGAUCGGCAACAUCGGGAAAUUCAGGUGCCAGUCUGUUAACGAGGAGAACAAUGUGGAGAUACAGGCCGACUACACACCUUUCCAAACACGAACACGGUGUAAGACAACCACUAAAGUUGACAUCGUCCUGCUAGUGGACGAUUCCGCGAGUAUCACCCAUGAAAACUUCAGAACCAUCCUCCGCUUCAUCGCUGGCAUAGCAGUAAAGUUUGACAUCGGCCCUGACAGAGUUCAGAUCGGUCUGACUCAGUACAGUACUAGACCAAGGAUCCAGUGGCACCUGAACACCCACAGAACCAAGGAAUCCCUGCUGAAUGGUGUUAACAAGCUGCAGCAAAUAGGAGGCUACACCUACACAGGAUGCGCUCUGACACACAUCCUGGAGAAUGACUUCCAACCCAACGUUGGGAUGCGAGAGGAUUCACAAAAAAUUGGUAUCCUCUUUACGGAUGGAAUGUCCCAGGACGACGUUAUCAUGCCGUCACAAAACCUGAGGGAUAAUGGCAUCGAGCUGUAUGCCAUCGGUGUGGGUGCUGCUUAUCUGAGGGAGUUGAAGUCCAUUGCCUCUGACCCACAUGACACUCACGUGUACUACGUCAGUGACUUUGAUGAUCUGCUGCACAUCUUCACCAAUUUCACUGACAACCUGUGUGACAGCAUCAAGGGUCCAGUACGCAGCAGUCAAACAGACUUCUAUCACUUCUCCCUACCUGAACAAGACGUCACCCUGCCCUGUGGUACUCCGUCCCCCUCUGGACCUCUCCCAUGCUCUGACAUGUCCUGGUUUUAUAGCAGAGCUUCAUCAGAGGCUUUUACUGAGGCCAACGAAGGAAAGGUUAAUCCCAGGUCCCUCCGAGCUGGUCGGCUGAGUUUGGACUCCGACUGUUCUUUGGUCAUCAGAUGUGUCACUGAUGAGGAUGUUGGUCUCUACACGUGUGGCCGUAAUUAUGAUGAUCGUUACAGCGUCAGAGUGUAUCUCAGUCUGUUUUUAAUCUCUCCAAAACUGACAGACUCUGAUCCAACGAGCAACAAUGAACUCCAGUUAGAGUGUUCUCUGUUCAGAUUCAGAGAUCUUCAUCUUUGUCCACCAUACCGUCUCCUCUGGGUGAAUGAGACAGGAGCUGAGAUUACUGACGGUGUCACAGAGACUUUCAGAGAUGAAGGCUGUUUCUCUGACCUGACUGUGACUCAUCAAAGCGGACACAACAAGACAUUCACCUGCCAGGUUGUUGAUGAGGAGAACAAUGUGGAGAUACAGGCCGACUACACACCUGUCUUCACAGCUUCAACAGACUGGUCUCCUCUCAGCUCCAUCAUGCUCGUUCUGCGUAUUUCAGCUCUUGUUUUGAUGAUCGUGAGCACUGUUUUGGUCUUCACCCUCAGAGGUAACAUCAAACCACGGUGUAAAGAAACCAGCGCGAGUUUAAAGUAACUCCUACGAUGUGUGACAUUUCUUCUGACUGAUGAAACCUCUGGGACGAUGGACUUUGCAGAGUUUGCUCUGUUGACUCUUGUUGUUUUGAAUCUCAUGUGUUGUGUUGUAUUUCACAGAUGCAUGAGGAUGUCAUUGAAGCCGACGAUGAAAAUGAUGAAGCAUUAGGUGCUGCUUCCAUCGAACUGCAACAACUUCCAGAUCAAGAUUAAGUCAAAAGAAAGUCAUAGCUUCUCUUCUGGCCCCCAGAAGAUUAUUGAAUUAAGAAAAUGUGAGGAAAAUGUUUAAUGGUAUUUACAGUGUCUUUUCAUUUUCAAAAUUCCUAAAGGAACCCUAAAAUUAACUGAGAUUUUUGUUGAUUUGUUUGAUGUUUGAACAGUUUCUCAAAAAUCCACCUGUCAGCCAUUAUUAGUAAAUAAGAAGCAUGAUAAACACACUCAUCAGUCCAUUCUUGAUUAGAACUGUUGAUUACGGCGUCAACCUCCCAAUUUCCCUGCCUGGAUAUCAAAAACAAAAGAGCUGUUUACUGCCUGUGUUUUUCACCAAUCAGGAUUAGACAUAUUUAACUCAAACCCAGUGAUGAACAACAUGACAAAUAUCUCAAUCGCCCCCUUGUGGCUGGCUGUGGUAUAGGUGGAAGGGACUGAAUUUUCUGCUGAUGUCUCUUGUUCCCUUUUUCAUGAGCUCUUUGAAAGUCUGUACCGCUCUCUCACCUAGACCGUUAGAUGAAGGAUGAUCAGGAACCGCUGUGUCUGAUUCCAUGUAGUGUUAUAAACUCUUUCAUUUGUUCACUGACAAAACACUGGGCGUUGUCAGACACGAUCGUCUCUGUGGGGCCAUGUGUGCUGAAACUGAUUCUAAGGUGGUUUACAGUCAUUUCUGAUGUAGCAGAGCUCACUGGGUUUACCUACAGCCACUUUGAGUGUGCAUCAACAGUUAACAAGAACAUUUUACCCAUUAAAGAUCCUCAGUAAUCAAUGUGGAGUCUUCUCCAAGUCUUCUCAGGCCACUCCAAAGUAGUCCACAUAGUGGAGCCUCUCUGUGCUCCUGGCGUGUGCUGCAUGACUUUACCUUGUUUUCCAUGUGGCUGUACAUUUGAGGCCAUGCGGCUCAUCCCAGGAUGCGCUUAAUGCAGCUGCUCCAUCAAAGAUACUCGUCCUGUCUCUGGUGGGACAAUGCCGGCUCCCCACAGCACACAUCCAUCCUGAACACUCAGGUCAUACUGUCUCUGUAAGGCAGAAAGUCUGUCCAGGUUAUUCUGCCAGCCUCUCAAGAUAAACUCACGUACCCUCCAAGGUUUUGGAUCUUUUGUUGUUUGCAGCUGGUCUGAUGUCAUUAGUGGGCUUUGCUCCUGAUCCAACAUUAGCACCAUUUCAUCAGAUGAUGGACCAUUAGGUGUCUCUGAAAGUGGGAGAUGACUGGUAGAGUCAGCAUUAUCUUUGUCUUUUCCUCCUCUGUAAAUGAUAACAUGUUGAUCUGCUCAGCAGUACAGCCCACCUCACUGCUUUCAUCUCAUUGGUUCUUUGUUGAUGAUGUCAUGCAUAGAGAAACGUCACCAAAAAGGCCAUGCUUUUGAGCUGUUAACAACCAGGCCACGCAUUCAAAGUGAACAAAUAAAACAUUCUUAUUUCUUUAGCUACAUUUGCAUCCUGAAAGCAGUGAAAUGUUGAGGCACAAAAAAAGUUUUACAACUCUCAGAGAAACAGCAGCAGGCAGGAAUUAAAAAUGCCUCCAUAGUCUGGACGAGCAGCUUCACACAACACCGGUCUGGUUCAGUCCAGUUUUGGCACAUUAACCUUUGAUUGUACCUGUGUUUCCCAGCUGUUGUCUGUCCAGUUUUGCUCAUCAUUACAAGAAAUCCAUCUGUUUUUAGAACUCAGUAGAGCUGGAUGUUUGGCUCCCGAAUGGCUCUUCAUUCAGUUUGUGGAUUAAAUAAUGACAGAAUGGAGGAAAGGAAACUGCAC